AGUGUGUGUGUGUGUGUGUGUGUGUGUGAGUGAGAGAGAGAGAGAGAGAGAGAGAGAGAGAGAGAGAGAGAGAGAGAGAGAGAGAGAGAGAGAGCUUUAACGGACACCUGCCUGAGGUGAUACACACUUUGCAUCAGAACACAAGUUCUACCGUCUCCGUCUGUCUCAGGCUCGUGACCCUGUGGGACGUUAUUUCUUUCUUUCUUGCUUUUUUGUCUCUGUUACAAUGGGAGCGAUUCUUGUCUUCUUCGUCCUCUGCGCGAGUCUCGCUGUCCCGCAUCUGGCGAAAGCAGCAGAGGGAAAGGAUCUUCCUUCAGGACCCUGUCACCCAAACCCCUGCCACAAUGGAGGCACGUGUGAAAUCAGCGAGACCUACAGGGGCGACACGUUCAUCGGUUACGUUUGCAAGUGUGCAACUGGCUUCAACGGCAUCCACUGCCAGCACAACGUCAACGAAUGUGAAAGGGAUCCGUGUAAAAAUGGAGGGAUCUGUACGGAUUUGGUGGCCAACUAUUCCUGUGAGUGUCCAGGCGAAUACAUGGGAAGAAACUGUCAGUAUAAAUGUUCUGGCCCACUUGGUAUGGAAGGAGGGAUCAUCUCCAACCAGCAGAUCACCGCCUCUUCCACCCACCGUGCUCUUUUUGGUCUGCAGAAGUGGUACCCAUACUUCGCCCGGCUCAACAAAAAGGGACUGGUGAACGCCUGGACGGCUGCCGAAAAUGACAGAUGGCCAUGGAUCCAGAUAAACCUGCAGAGAAGGAUGCGGGUCACAGGCCUGAUAACACAGGGGGCCAAGCGGAUUGGGAGCCCUGAGUAUGUGAAGUCAUACAAAGUUGCCUCCAGCGACGACGGAAAGACAUGGAGGACAUACAAAGUCAAGGGGACAGACGAGGAUAUGAUAUUUCGGGGCAAUGUUGAUAACAACACUCCCUCGGCCAACUCAUUCACUCCCCCUAUCGAGGCUCAGUAUGUGAGGAUCUACCCGCAAGUCUGUAGAAGACACUGCACCCUGCGCAUGGAGCUCCUAGGCUGUGAACUCACAGGAUGCUCAGAGCCUCUGGGGCUGAAGUCUGGCCAUGUACAGGACUAUCAAAUCACAGCAUCCAGCACUUUCCGAACCCUCAACAUGGACAUGUUUACCUGGGAGCCCAGCAAAGCCCGUCUGGACAAGCAGGGAAAGGUUAAUGCUUGGACGGCUGGACAUAGUGAUCAGUCCCAGUGGCUACAGGUGGACAUGCAUGUGCCAACCAAAAUCACAGGUGUCAUUACCCAGGGGGCGAAAGAUUUUGGCCAUGUGCAGUUUGUGGGCUCCUAUAAGCUUGCUUUCAGCAAUGAUGGAGAAAGAUGGCACAUAUAUCAGGAUGAAAAACAGAAGAAAGAUAAGGUGUUUCAAGGAAACUUCGAUAAUGACACACACAGGAAAAACGUGAUCGAUCCUCCCAUCUAUACCCGCUUCAUCCGGAUCCUUCCAUGGUCAUGGUAUGGGAGGAUCACUCUGCGUGCAGAAGUACUUGGAUGCAGGGAGGAAGAGUAAAAAUCCCCAGAUCCCAUUUUUUCUCGCUUGGUACACUUCAGUACCAAAUCCAGAUUCAAUAUAAACUUUGCUCGAGCUGUAUAAAGGAUAAAUUUCCAAUAGCAUUUGCUUUUUUUGUUUUUCCUUCAAAAUGGUUUGGAAAAAAGAAACAUCCCUGGGGUGGGAGUGGUUGCUGUUUUAAGUUUUGUAUACUAAAUUCUGUCCCUAACAUUAUGUUUGUCUUCUUAAUUUCCUGUGCUUGGGUUUAAUUGCUCCAAGAAGCUCCAUUUUGCCCUAUGAUUAUAGAGUCGUCAUUUCUGAUAUAAUUACGGGAUUUGGGUUGGGUUUCUUUCACUGUGGCUUAAGCAGUGGGAUGUUAGCCACUAGAUGGUGUCACUUUUAAACCAACACAAAAUAAAAGGCUGUACUAUGCUUCAUGGACCAUAAGCAAACUGCUAAGAUGUUUAAAACGCCACUACUAUAACAACAGCAUUUAUGUUUCCUGCUUUCCUGUUUUAUUUUAACACCUUAUCAAUUCUACACUUACAUAAAACACAGAUGUUACGUAGACAUAAUAUGAUGCUCUUGUAUUAUAUAUUAAACACUAAAUUAUUGCAUGGUGCAUAAAUUAUAUUAGAAAUGUUAGGCAUCUAAUUCCCUUAACAUUGUAUUUUUGCUCCAUAUUAAACAUUUAUCACUUAAAUGAAUAACUUUGAAUCUGUUUUUACUUGCAUUUUUAAAAAAUAUCUCUCUCUAUAUAUACUUAUAUGCCAAUAAUUACAAGUACUAUGUAAGUCAUGAACCGGAAAUCUUAUGAAAUCAGUAUUAGAAGUGUGGCAUAAAUGUAGCUCUUGCUAAAUUUUCACAGGUACAUAAAUGAUUGGACUUAUUAAUACUAAAGUGCACUUCCAACGCAAAGCUACACUUAGAGACUUGUCACACAGCCUAGUUGCACCAAGCCGCUCUCACCCAAACGCCACAGGAAUUUUAAUGAGCAAGAAAGAUUUAAUUGGAUAUAUAAUUCCAAAACUCUUAAAAAAGAAAAAAAAUUUGCUAACCUUCAUAACUUUGCCACUCAUAACUUUUUAUAGCUUGUGCAAAUUUUUUACAGAUGUGCAAUUCUGUGAAAUUAUGUUUGUUUGAUACCUAAAAGACAGGCUAUCGAAUGUUUUCAACUGAGAAAUGUCCAGGAGGAUUUGCAAUCUUGGGCUUUCUUUAAUCUCAUUUGUAUUUAAUUUGUUGCUGUUAAAAUGUGCUAUUAUCUUCUAUUUGUAUGUCCAGAUUCUUGCUAUUUGUAUUGCCUGGUUAUUUCUUUUUUUCUUUUUUUUUUGCUGCAUUGCUCAGCUUUACUACUGUAUUUGUUCUUCUUUUCAUUAAUGUUAAAUCCUCAGGAUGGAAGUCACAAAUCAGCCCUUGGUAAAUCUAAAGUAAGAAAAAAAAUCUCACCCAAACUUAAACCAUUAAUGUACAACCUGAUAUACUAUAAAGAUUAUGAAGAGUUCUAAUUCAGUUUAUACAGCUAUUCUUUGGAAUGAACAGUGAUGCAUAUUAGGUUGCCACUGGAAAUUCAUAAAUGUUUUGUUUGUCUGUCUUGGGGAUCAAUGAAUUCAGGUUUAUAACGGGAUAACUAGAAAGGGUUAAACCAAUGUCUAGCCCAAAAAAUCAUGAUUUUCUUGAAUGCUGAGGAGGAGUGGAUAUCCCUUUUAAAGUAGGGGAAAGGGGCCACUUAGCCAUGUAAUGUACCAUAAUAUUAUCUUAAACCAUUCGUCAUUGAUCAUUUGUAAAACUUUGAAUGUGAUGUGUAAAACAAAAUAGAAAGAACAAAAAUAAAAAAAAUCCAUUAACAAUGUUUAUUAACAAUACAGUAUGGUGACAUGAAACAUAAUCAUCAUGUACACUUACAUGUUUUCUAACAGAUGAAUGUUGCAAGAAGUCAUACAUUUGUAUUUGAUUUAUUCUGAUUUAUUAACAUCUAUAUGGAGGUAUUGAUAUGGUAAUCCUUGUCUAACAUUGCCCUGUGUCGCUGCUAACACAGGCUGUCCUGUUCAAAUGACUUGUGUGCACAUCGUAACAGUUUUUUGUACUUUUUGGGGGCUAACAUUCAAAGAAAAUAAAAACCUUGAAAAAAUGUCCAUAGGCACAUUUUGAAAUAUAUAUAUAUACUGGUGCGUUCAAUAGUCUGGUAUUUCUACUUUAUGUGAUGUGAAUAGUGAUGUGUAAAGCUGAUAUCAGGAUAUCCCUGUGGGCCACACAUCAAGUUUGCUUUAUUUUUUUUUGCUUCAUUUUGUUUUUUUGUGUUUUUACCUAACAACUUUUGCAAAUAAAUAAAUGUCACCCCCAUGUUUUGCAUUCAAUUGGAAGAAUAUGACAAAGUGUACUGAUAACAUGCUGAUUAGUAAAAGCUGAAGAGUGUACAAAAAAAGCCAUUCUCACCUGUUAGUCCACUCUUUGGUUUGACAAAUAAAUCA